CGUUGCGUGUCUGCUAGUGUCAGCCAGAGCAUGUAAAUUGUGGCACCCAUUUUAAGUAGCCAUCAAAAAUAAACGAAUCGUCGUCGUCGCGGGGGAAAAUCGCUGCUGGUGAAUCAAUCGGUGACGGUGGGCGGGGAUGCACAUCCGGGCUCAACGCAAACGGACUUUCAAAUUUGCUUCUCUGAGCUGCCUUCGCUCGCAAAGCAGCCCGUCCGCGAUCCCCUCCACAUUGUCUCUAGCCAAGGGAGCAGUGCUUUAAGCCUUGUACCUCCCCCCCAACAGGACCUAGAGAAGAAUUUGAUUCACCCUUCAAAAAAAAAAAAAAAAAAAAAAAAGAAAAAAAGAAAGGAAAAAUGGUCGACAUCGUCCCCCUCUGCUCCUAUCCGUCCUACCUCUCCCUCCUCCCGUCCAUCCAGACAUGUAACAUCACCAAUCUCCCCGAAAACUACUUCCUCAAAUACUACAUGUACCAUGCCCUCUCCUGGCCACAGCUCAGCUUCGUCGCCGUCGUCCGAUCCCCGCCCAAUGGCGGCAAAAACAAGUACAGCGGAGAUUAUCCCAAGGUGGUCGGAUACGUGCUCGCCAAGAUGGAGGAGGAGCCACUCGACGGAGUUGCACACGGGCAUAUUACAAGCUUGAGCGUGAUGAGGACGCAUAGACGGUUGGGCAUCGCCGAGAGGUUAAUGAGAAUGAGCCAACGGGCGAUGGCCGAAUCUCACCGGGCCCACUACGUCUCGCUGCACGUUCGAGUCUCAAACACCGCUGCGCUGCACCUGUACCGUGACACACUCGGCUUCGAGGUCGAGAAGGUCGAAUCGAAGUACUACGCCGACGGUGAGGAUGCGUACGCCAUGCGCAUGGAUCUUCGGGACCUCUGGGUCAAAGAGGACAAGGAGCCCAGAACCGCUGCGAGCGAAAGUGAAUCCGCUGCCAAGACGAAGAAACAGGAAGACGAAGGCGACAACGAUGUGCAGGAUGAGGGCGAUGAGGUGGGAAGCAUGGGCAAAAAGGAGGACGGCAAGGAAGGGGAGAAGAUGGUCAAAGUGAAAAUUGGACGGGCUCUGGGAGUGGGAGACUUGGUGGAGAGAAACGAAGCGGUACGAUGA